AUGGAAAACCAAAACAUCACGCCUUGGAGUGUAGAGGUGGUGUCGACUGGAGAGUCUCCUGUUGGCAUUGACUAUGGCAAGGUAAUCAACCAGUUUGGAUGUGAAGAGCUUAGCGAUGCACUUGUCGAUCACUUGGAGGCACUUACUGGCAAGCCAGCACACUACUUCUUCAGGAGAGGCAUUGUUUUUGCCCACAGAGACUUUGGGCUACUGCUCAAGCAGGUAGCAGAUGGAAAGCCGUUCUACCUAUACACUGGACGAGGCCCUAGUUCGAAGGCAAUGCAUAUUGGGCAUGCAAUCCCACUGCUUCUGUGCAAGUAUCUACAAGACACAUUCAGAAUAAAGCUUGUGAUACAGAUGACAGAUGACGAGAAGUUCCUGUGGAAAGGAAUGAGAAUGGAAGACGCCAUCUAUUACGCAAGAGAAAACAUCAAGGACAUCAUAGCUUUUGGGUUUGAUCCUGAUCUUACAUACAUUUUCACAAACAUCGAGUCCUCGCACCACUUUGAGCAAAACGUGCUCAAGAUCUCAAGAUCAAUCAACCUAAAUGAAGCGUUCAAGGUUUUUGGGUUUGAUAUGUGCAGUAGCAUAGGGCAGGUUGGCUUCCCCCCGAAGGAGAUUGCACCGUGCUUUGCAAGCUCUUUCAGAUUUAUAGAAAAGAAUAGCAUGUGCUUGAUUCCUGCAGCGGUUGACCAGGACCCAUACUUCAGGCUUGCAAGAGACAAAGCAAGGGUUCUUGGGGAAAAGAAGCCAUCCUCGAUUUAUGUAUCACUUCUGCCCGACCUGAAGGGCGUGAACAAGAAAAUGUCUGCAAGCGAUCAGAAUAGCUCGAUAUCGCUUGAUGACACGCCUGAGAGCAUACGAAAGAAAAUCACAACAUACGCAUAUUCUGGAGGAAGAAAGACAAUGAAGGAGCACAAGGAGAAGGGAGGAGACAUCAAUGUAGACGUUCCGUUUGAGUACUUGAGAUACUUCUUGCAAGAUGACGAUGAGCUUGAGAAGUACCGCUCUGGAUAUCUUUCUGGCGAUGUUUCCAGUAGGGAAAUGAAGGAAAAAUGCAUCAGCGUGAUUCAAGAGUUUGUUGCAAAGUAUCAAUGCUCGAGGAAGGCAGUGGGCGACAAAGAAAUGCAGAGGUUCAUGGACAUCAAUAAAUUUGAGUGA